AUGAUUUCUCAUCUAUCUGUUGUCAACUACAACAAAACAUUUCAAUUGUAUGAAAAUAAUAUCAUCACGAUUACUAUUCUUCCACAAUUUUCUAUUGUGAAUCAAAAUGAAAUCGAUUCUUCAUUUAUGUAUACACAAUUACUAAAAGAAAUUCUUAUUGAAAUCGAAUAUGAUGUAACAGCAAAAGAACAAUUUAUUGAUUAUGUUCAUAAUUUCUAUGCUAAUAACGAAAUACAAUUAAAUGCUAUCAAUGAAUUUAAACAUACAUAUGAACAUUAUUCACCUAUUUGGUGGUAUACGAAAGAAUUGUUUAUCUAUUCAAUACUUAAUCGAGUUUUAAGAAUACAAGAUAUUGAUAUAAUAAUGAAAAUGGGAUUUUUUAUUCAAGAUUUUCAUCAACAAAUCAAAAAAAUACAUUCAAUGACUAAACAUUCAAGUAAAAUGAUUGUAUAUCGUGGACAACAUAUGACAAAAUAUCGAUUUUGA